ACCCCGCUGCAGAAGCGGCCGCCACCUCCAAUGCACAAGGUGUCUCUCCUGCAAAGGAACCGAAGCCCCAGGGAGGAGGCGCUGGACCGACCCGGGCCGAGCUGGAGGGAACCGCGAGAGAGAGCGCCCCGCGCAGCGCUCGGGUACCAGCCGGAGCUCGGCCGCAGAGGACCCUCGAGACCAGCUGGGGAGAUUCCGGCUCCACGGUCUCCUCGGCUUUAACAGAUCUUGCCCCCCCACCCCGCGACUACCUCUCCCCCGAACGGAAUCUUUCUAUGAAGAGGAGGUGAGGGAGCUGGGGCCACCAGGAGUUUCCCGGGCACCCAAGAUGCGCUCCAUCAGGAAGCGGUGGACGAUCUGCACGAUCAGUCUGCUCCUGAUCUUUUAUAAGACAAAAGAGAUGGCACGGACCGAGGAGCACCAGGAGACGCAACUCAUCGGAGAAGGUGAGCUGUGUUUGAGUCGAUCCCUUGUCAAUAGUUCGGAUAAAAUCAUUCGGAAGGCUGGUUCUUCAAUCUUCCAGCAUUCUGUAGAAGGUUGGAAAAUCAAUUCCUCUUUGGUCCUAGAAAUAAGGAAGAACAUUCUUCGUUUCCUAGAUGCCGAACGAGACGUCUCCGUGGUCAAGAGCAGCUUUAAGCCUGGUGACGUCAUACACUACGUACUGGACAGGCGUCGGACACUAAACAUUUCUCAGGACCUGCACAGCCUCCUGCCUGAAGUUUCGCCAAUGAAAAACCGCAGGUUUAAGACUUGCGCUGUUGUUGGAAACUCGGGCAUUCUGCUGGACAGUGAGUGUGGAAAAGAGAUCGACAGUCACAAUUUUGUAAUAAGGUGUAAUCUAGCCCCUGUGGUGGAGUUUGCUGCAGAUGUGGGAACUAAAUCGGAUUUUAUUACCAUGAAUCCAUCAGUUGUACAAAGAGCGUUUGGAGGCUUUCGGAAUGAGAGUGACAGAGAAAAAUUUGUGCGUAGACUUUCCAUGCUGAAUGACAGUGUCCUUUGGAUCCCUGCUUUCAUGGUCAAAGGAGGAGAGAAGCACGUGGAGUGGGUUAAUGCGUUAAUCCUUAAGAAUAAACUGAAAGUGCGGACUGCUUAUCCAUCACUGAGACUUAUUCAUGCUGUCAGAGGUUACUGGCUGACAAACAAAGUUCCCAUCAAAAGACCCAGCACAGGUCUACUCAUGUAUACACUUGCCACGAGAUUCUGUGAUGAGAUUCACCUGUAUGGAUUCUGGCCAUUCCCCAAGGAUUUGAAUGGGAAAGCUGUCAAAUAUCAUUACUAUGAUGACUUAAAAUAUAGGUACUUUUCCAACGCAAGUCCUCAUAGAAUGCCGUUAGAAUUCAAAACAUUAAAUGUACUACAUAAUAGAGGAGCUCUGAAAUUGACAACGGGAAAGUGCGUAAAGCAAUAAAGCACACCUGAAACACACAAGCAGACUUGAAUAUGCACUUCUUUUCUGAAGAUGCUUCCUAAGAUUUGAAAAACAGGAUCCAGCGCAAGACUGGGUUGCAGCAUCCACCACUUACCGGAAAGGUGAUUAAAGGACACCCAUGAGAAAUCUACUACCAGCUGAUGAAAUACCUGCAAAGUGCUCUAAAAAUUAAGUAUUUUGACUUCAAGGGUCCUAGUAAGUGCCACUUCCACUCAGAACACAGUUUGAAUGUAUAAUCAGUAGUGUUUACAAGAUCCAACAAUGCACUCGUCAUUAGUUAACGAAGCAAAAAUGUUCAUCACUGUUGGGUAGCCACUGCAAAGCCAAGCACGUGAGAAGAGGAACCCAGGAACACAACUCAGCCCUUGGGGAAACGGAACUGUCCUGUCAGCAGAAAUCAAGAUGGAAACAGUUUGAGCAGUGAAAUCUGUAAGGUUAAACAACUCAAGUAAAUGCCUUCAGUCAGGACUAUUGAGUCUGAUCAUGAUGAACUUUAUGUUUUGUUUCUGUUCUUGUUUGCCUUCUGGAGUCUCUUUUUGUUUGGGUAUCGGGGUGCUUUGAAAUCCUUUCUGAGAUAAAUAUGAAUGAGAUAAAUAACUGUUAAGUGAUUGUUUUUAAAGUUCUUAUAUUUUUUAAACAGUUAUCACACAAUAACUUUGUAAAAAAAGUUUUAUUUUGCACAACUAUAAACCUCCCAAUUUUUUCCCAGUGGUGUAGAAGGUACCAGCUAAACUGUUUCACUUAGUAAUCUCGAGCCAUUCUAAAGGAGAGACAAACUCUGUGUCAUCUGAGAUGGUAAAAUUAGCAGGAAAAAAAAAAUUACUUUUGGUACCAAAGAUUAUACUGAUGUGUCUACACGAGAAACCAGUCUCCUUUCAUGAAAAUAACAUAUUAGUAUAUUAUGAUGCUACUGCUACUAAUGUGAAAAUUGUCUCUAGAUAUUUUAAAUUAUCCAAACUCAACCUUCAUUUUUAUUUGAAGGAAGAUUCCAUGGCUUUUACAUUUCAUAAUGAUUUUGUGGAAGCAUUUUGCCUGUUAGAGUAAAUGUUUGACUGGUAGGGCUGAAAUGUGACUUCCAGUUCUUUGAUAUCCCGCUUGUUAAUUCAGAUAGAAACAUUGACUUGCUCUGUAGAUGACUGUUAAAAUUUCUCAGUGCAGAAAUAAUAUGAUUAAUAGAGUGCUGUUUUCAUCACAGAGAUAAUUUUAAGAGGUUUAACAAUGAAACUAUAUGUCAGUAUUUUGAACUUCAGAUUAAAUUGACCAAUAUUUUUUCUAUAGUUAAAUUUAUUCACAUUAUCACAUUAAUGUGUUUCCAGAGAAGCACAUGAAAUUAUUAAUAAAGUGAUUUUUUAAAAUUUUAACAUAUAACAGAAUUGACCAACAGGCCAAUUUCUGGUAAUUACUACGCUGGUAGGUAAUUCUGACGGUAAAUUGUUCUUUAGAAAGCAGAAGUGCUACGUACCCACUUCUACUCUUGGCCUGAAACAACAUAGAUUACUUCUUGUUUCUUAGGGAAGGCAAUCUGCGAAAAGAAGAAAUAGCAUGAGGAAUAUAUAUGUUUUGUUUCUUGGCAAAGAAGGCCUGAAAAAGAAUAAAUAGCAUAAAGAAUAUACAUAUAUACAUAUAUAUGUUAUCAAGAAAAAGGAUAUUCAUAGUAAUACAGUUCUCAGUAUAUUAAUAAUAUGUGGUAUUCUUUUUAGAAGUAUGAUAGAACCUUGGGAUAAGAAGAUUAUAUUUUCUGAGAAUUUAUGUGUCUCAAAACAAAAUAGAAUCCACAAAGGAGAUACAUAGCCAAAAAUGGAUAGAAUAUGAUGUACUUUUAUCACUGAACUUCUUCUUAUUGGGAAGUUUUUAAAGGAUUAGGUCCAUAUUUUGAAUGUAAACUUGAAAAGUCUGAUUUACCCAACCAAUCAAAAGUAGGCAAUUUCUUAAUUUGGACUUGCAGACAAGCUGUUUGGGUAGUCUUUAAUUUAAAUUCCAUAAACAUUUUGCAAUCACAAGUCAAUUGUUAUAGAUAAGAUACAUCUCAGAACUCAUUGAAGGUAAAAAGCGGCAUCAAGGUACCUUGCCAUUUUGACUGUGCUUUCAACAAAUGUGUUUAGACAAUUUUAAGGCCACAGCAAAAGCAUCCCAGACAUCCACUGUUCCGUGCAUUGAUGUUCAUCUCAUAAAUGCAUUGAGUAGUGCCUUUUUAGCUUCACAUUGCUUUGUUACCCUAUGCUUUAUGUUCUCUAAAUACAUUGCCCAGUUCUGAAAAUUCUCAGCAUCUAAAAAGGGCUUCAGUAUUGACUGAGACUACUUUUGUUCAUCUCAGGGAACUUUCAAUACUCAAGAAUGAAUUCAAUUAAAGGCGUUUAGUGUUCAAAGAAAACAAACCGUACAAGACCAAUCCAGUCCCUAUUGUAGUGCUUUCCGUCUCCUCUCCCCCUUCACCAUCCACUAUGGCCUUCUUACAAGGGUGGGGCAGGGAGAUUACUGAAGGCUAACAGCAAGAAUAAGAAAAAGUAUUCAGAUCUAACCAAUCAGGGGGCAAAAGCGACCACAAUGAAAUCAAAUUAUGAGUACAUACUUGAAAUAUUUGUGUUUGUUUUUUUUUCUUCUGAGAAUAUGUUCGCAGCUUUAAUAUUUCAUUUCCUUUUCAUGAUUUAAAUCUUUACCUGGCAAUACUCAGGCAGCUGAGUGUGAAACACUCCUGUCCCUUCGAGAACAUGGUUGUUAACUGUGCUGUUGACAUGAAGAGGCCAUGGAAACAUUUCGUCAUUAUGUCCCAGCCUGUUCUAUACUUAAUAUUAAGUUGCUGGAAUAAAAAAUAAUAAAUCAGUAACAGAUUUUUCUGGGCAGAUCUGAUGAUUGAGCCCACACGACUGAUGAAAUGACUAAAAGUUUUUCUAUCUGAAAGAAGGUGCUGGGCAUUCAAAUGUGUUUAUGUAUUAUAUAUCAUAUGAAAUGUAUAUCAGUUGCUAAUGGGAAUUUCUACAUAUAUGCUUACAGAAGCAAUUUAUUUAAAUAAUGCUGUAGGUAGUGUACAUACCAACUAGUUGUUAAGCUACUACGCAGGAAGAGGGUGAACAAAGUAAUUUAUUUCUGAUUGAGCCAGUUAGUCAUGAUACACACAGUGUGGUGUUUGGUUCAUAAAAGAGUUGUUUCAUGUGGUUAUUGUUGGGAGUAUCCAUAACUGUGGAAGGGGUGUAGGAAAAGUUAUGUGUAGUUAGUUGUGACCUCUACCAGUUUGAGAGUUUCCCCAUCAGACAUGAUCAAUAUACCAAUGUUUGACAAGUUGAGUGAGAGAGGGUUAUCGUUCCUAUUUGAUGAAAGAAAAUCCAAAUAAAGCCCACCUAGAAAUAGAUAUUUUAUUAUAUAUGUGCUAUAGAUAUAGCUACAUAGUACAAAUAGACAUGUGUGAUGCAUAUAUACAAUGUUAUAUAUGUGUGUCUGUGUGUAUACACACUGAGUCUGUAAUAUACACACACUAGAUUUGUGUUACGCUCAUGUCUUCAGGGUUUGUGCUGUGAAACACUCUGGAGAUAAGACCUCUUUAGAAUUAAGAAGUUCUUUUGAAACUUCAGUUGCUAACCUGCUUUAAAGGGAUCUACUUUGUAACUGAAUUCUAUGUUGUUCAUACCUAGAGUUACAAUGAGGGUCUAGUAUAUCCAAAUCUUUAAAAAAAUUAAAAAUUAUUAAAAAAAAAAAGUCUUCAAGCUGGCAAUGUAUUUGAAUAGCAGUUUUCAGAUUGUGGCUCCAGAACCAUUGUCUCCCCAUUUAAGUAGCACCUUUUAAUAAUUACUGUUUCUUUGUGUAGGCAAAAGCACAAGAGUUUCAAAUGUAUAUAGCAGGGGAUGAAAAAAGAGUUUACAGAGAUAGUAUUGCUGCACAGAACAAUUGCUACUGAGUGUUUCUUAUAUCAUUUGUGGAAUUGAAAGAUGACGUUUAUUCUGUCAAGUUCAUUCUCUUCAACACUGUUUCCCUUUUGUUUAUGUAUAGCAAUCAGGUGUUAUUGUUUUAUCAUUUGUAAAACUGUAAAAUAAAUUAAACCCCAUUUUUUU